AAGAAUUAGGGUUUAAGGGGUUUGGCAUCCAUGUGUCUCUCUGUUUCUCAAAAGAGCUGAACUUCAACGGCACGUGGUCCGAGCGAUGCCGCGAACUACCACCGUUGAGUGCCCUGGUUGCCCUCCGCUUCGAGCCUUAACUUUUGACGCACUUGGUCUUAUUAAAGUGAUUGAGUCUCGUGGUGAUCGAGGAAUCCCUCAGGUGGUAGAGAGAUGGGGUGAUCCAGACGCCUCUAAAUGCGUGCUUGCUGUUUCUAUGGAUGACAGUAAGAAAGACCCUUUAUUAGCAGUUGCAAGAAAAAGUGGUGUGAUUGAAGUACUCAAUCCACUUAAUGGGGAAAUUGACGUUUCAAUUUCCAAUGUUGGUGAUGCUGGUACUCAACCUGAGGACGAUGCUGUUGUUGGUUUGCAUUUAUUCAAAAGACAGAGAUUAUCUGGGUCAUGCACUUUGCUUGCAUGUACAACAAAAGGAAAUGCAAGCAUGAGGUCCAUUGAAGUUACCAGUUCGACUGUAGAUAAUGCCAGUACUUGUACCUCUAGAACCUGGAAAGUUAGUGCUUCUGGUAAUAUUUUAUGUUCUAAAGUGGAUGGAAGUGAAAACUAUGCUUUAUUUGGAGGGAAAGCUGUGGAAGUCAAUCUAUGGGAUCUUGAGAAGUGUUCUAAGAUUUGGACUGCAAAACCUCCUCCUAAAAACAGCCUUGGUAUUUUUACUCCAACAUGGUUUACAUCUGCAACAUUCCUGACUAACAAUGAUCACCGUAAAUUUGUAGCUGGCACCAACAGCCAUCAGGUUCGCCUGUAUGAUACUUCUGCUCAGCGCAGACCUGUAAUUUCAUUUGAUUUCUGCGAGACCCCCAUUAAAGCAGUCACUGAAGAUCAAGAUGGCCAUUCAAUCUAUAUAGGAAAUGGGUCUGGUGAUCUUGCAUCUGUUGACAUACGCACAGGGAAAUUGUUAGGAUGCUUUUUGGGGAAGUGUUCUGGGAGCAUCAGAUCCAUUGCCAAGCAUCCUGAGCUCCCUGUGAUAGGAUCUUGUGGUCUUGAUAGCUAUUUGCGCUUGUGGGAUAUAAAGACACGGCAACUUCUUUCAGCGGUUUUCCUCAAGCAGCAUCUUACUAAUAAUGUUUUUGAUUCCAAUUUUACCGACAGAGAAGUUACAGUGCAAGCACAGAAUGUGAACGAGAUCCAAAAGGAAAACGAGAUGGGAACAGUGCCUGCAAAAAGAAAGAAAGCAUCUAAAGAAAAACAAGGCAAAAAGAAGGCAUCUAAAGAAAAUGAUGGAAGCAAGAGGGUAAAAUCCAAGGAUAAGAGUUGAUGAAAGAAAUGUGAGAUCAGUGACAGUUCCUGAUUACCGGGCGAAGGAUGAGAUCAUGCAUCUUGAUCGGAUGGUGCAGUGCAACUGCAUAUAACAUGACAAUGGUUAUGCAGCAGUCGUGGAAUUUAAGUGGCAGAAGAACAUUGUUGCUUUUUUCUGCCGUUUUUUACUCGAUGUAGACAAUGGUUUAUGCAAUGAAUCUUUUAUGCUA